UUUUUUUUUUUCUUUUUUCUUUUUUCCUUAUUUCCACGCAUGGCUCCGUAGAACCCUCCCUCCCCUGCAUCUCCCCCACGCUUUCCUCUUUUAGCCAUAUCAUCUCCAUCAUCGUCUCCCUCUCCACCUCUCUCUCUCUCUCUCUCUCUCUCUCUCUCUCUCUGUGUUCUCACCUCAAUUGAUCGAUAGAGUCUCCUCGUCCACAGAGCAGGGAUUUGGGAGAGGAGGGUAGGGUUUGAGAGAGAGAGAGAGAGAGAGAGAGAGAGGGGAGGAGGAGGAGGAGGAGGAGGAGAGAGGGGGAGAGGAUGCUGCAGCGAGCGGCGAGCAACGCGUAUUCAUGGUUUUGGGCGAGCCAGAUCCGGACAAAGCAGUCGAAAUGGCUCGACAACAACCUCCAAGAGAUGGAGGAAAGGGUUAAGGACAUGCUCAAACUACUUGGCGAGGAGGCUGAUUCCUUUGGCAAGAGGGCUGAGAUGUACUACAAAAGGAGACCAGAGGUGAUAAGCUCAGUGGAAGAAGCAUAUAAGGCAUACAGGGCUUUAGCAGAAAGAUAUGAUCAUAUAUCAGGGGAACUUCAUAAAGCCAACCACACAAUAGCAACUGCUUUUCCUGACCAAGUCCAAUAUGCGAUGCUUGAGGAGGAAGACGAUAAUUUACCCAAAGCAAUUACACCCAUCAACUCGAGUAAAAUUCGCAAGCAAACAGUUGAGGACUUAAUGAAGAAGAAAAGAGAGGGUCAAAAGAAAAAGCAUGGUGGGAAAAUUACGAUGCAAAUGAGCGAAGAGAAUGCACAAGAAGAGAUUAAUCGACUUCAGAAGUCAAUCUUGGUUCUUCAAACCGAGAAAGAAUUUAUCAAGAGUUCAUACGAGAGUGGAAUUGCUAAGUAUUGGGAAAUUGAAAAGCAGAUUAAUGAUAUGCAAGAGGAGGUUUGUUACUUUCAAGACGAGUUCAAUGCAAGUGCAAUUAUAGAGGACGAUGAAGCUCGAGCUUUGAUGACGGCAACGGCCCUUAAAUCUUGUGAGGAGGCCAUAAUGAAUUUACAGGAACAACAAAAUAAAUCAAUUGAGUUGGCAAGGAUGGAAUCAAAAAGAAUAAAAAUUGCUAGAGAAAGACUAAAUGCUCUCAAGGGUGAAUGUGGCCAAUCUUUGGAUGAACCAUUAAAUAUUAUUGAUGGGAACAUAGAAACAGAAGUUCUUUCUCUAAAACAGGAGAAACUUGAGUUGCAGUCUAUCUGCGAUAAAGUAAAGCAGCAUUUCGAGAUGAAUUCUGACAUUUCUGUGGUGGAAAUUGCUGAGAAAAUAGAUGAACUGGUAAAUAAAGUUAUAAACUUAGAACUAACGGUUUCAUCACAGAUGGCACAGAUAAAUAAGUUAAGUGAAGAGAACGGCGAGCUUGAAAAGUAUUUACAGAGCUUGGAAGAGGAGAAGACGGUACUCAUUAAUGACUCGAGUGAGUUGAGUGACAGGCUUAAGCAAGCGGAAGAAGAGUUGAAUAGAGUUCAGUAUCUGGAGAAAGCUGUCAACGAUGAAGGAAAAGAUGUGCGUUCAAAUUUUACUGAUGCUUUUAAUAGCCUCACUGAUAUUUCAGAGAAGUUGCAGUCUUCAAGUGUUGAGAGCACAAUAAAGGAAGAAACUCCCCAUUUCAACACUGAACUACCCAAUGAGUGCAAUGGAACAGAAGGUGCAGAUAUCCAAAGCAUAGAGGAAAAUUUUGUCAAAGAGGGAAAUAAAGAGAUUCCAGAACCUGAAGAGAGCUUUGGUUAUUCUGCCCAAACGGAGAUAGCUUCUCAGAAUUUAGAUGGUUCAGAAAAGGUCGACAACAUCAGACUUGAAGAAGAGAAGGAUCCAUUACAAGAAGCUCAUCACAUUCCACAUAGUGGUCAAGAAAAUAUAGAAGAGUUAAAACAAGUUGAAGAAGCCAAAGAAGAAGAUUCAUCAGUUGAAGGUGGAAAUCUCCCUCUAAGUAGUUCAGAAAGUAUUGAGUAUUUAAAACAGGGAGAAGAAUUCAUAGAAAAUAAAUCAUCGGAAACAGAUGAUCAUAUUCAUCUUAUGGGCUCUGAACAAAUCCCAGAUGAGAGACACAAAGAAAAUGUAACAGCAAAAGAUUCACAAGAAGAACAACCUAUUCCUCCCAGUAGUGAAAAAGUGAUGCAAAUAGGAGAACAAGAUGGUUUUCUAAACUUGCAACAAUUACUUUUAAAUGGAUUGGAAGGAAGAGAAAAGAUAUUACUAGCUGAGUACACCUCAAUCCUUCGAAAUUAUAAAGAAACGAAGAAAAAGCUCAAUGAAGUAGAGAAGAAGAGCCAAGAUUAUCUUCAUGAUAUGACAGAAUUAAUAAGAGAACUGAGAAAUGCCAAUGCCAUGAAGGAUGAGGAGAUUCAAUCAUUACGACGACUCUUAAGCUCUUCAAAGACAGUUUCUAAUGGCAGUAACAAUGUAACUUCUAACGAAGUUAAAGCCUCGUUUUACAGUCAUCAAAAGCAUCGGAGCAUUUCUAAUCCUCAAAAUUUUGAGAUGUCAAAAAAUAUAAGCAUCAAAUCAUCUAAACAGGAAGAUACAUCAAAUGGUGUUAUAGAUGGAGGAAGCCCACAUUUGGGGGACAUCUACUUCUCAGUCAAUGAACUGCAGAGCACUUCGCCCGUCGAAGAAAAAUUCAGAAGGGACAUUGAUGCGGUUUUAGAGGAAAAUUUGGAAUUUUGGUUGAGGUUCAGCACUUUUUUCCACCGUAUCCAAGAAUUCCAAACUAAAGUUCAAGAUCUAAAAGCCGAAAUUGAGAGGCUAAAAGAUGAUAAGCCGCAAGAGCUCAACAAUGGUGCUAUUAACCACCCAGUUGCCUUGCCCAAAGAAUCUACAGUAGUUGAAAAGCAGCUAAGAGAGCUGAAGACUGAACUCCAAGUUUGGUUAGAGCAGAAUGCGUUGCUUCGAAGAGAACUUCAGUGUCGAUUCUCAUCUCUCUGCAACAUACAAGAUGAGAUUGCAAGAGCUUUAGAGACAAGCUCAGCAACAGAAGCAGCCCAGCUUACCUCUUAUCAAGCUGCAAAGUUUCAAGGGGAGGUGCUUAACAUGCAACAGGAGAAUAAUAAGGUUGAAAACGAGCUUCAAACUGGUUUAGAUCAUGUAAGGGAGCUUCAAGGUGAAGUUGAGAAAGCCUUUUCACAGCUGCAUGAGAAUUUUGAGCUCUCUGGACCAAAGAACAGCCACCAUCACAAUUUCCGCCAUUUCCCGACUAAAACUAGAAUACCUUUACGGUCUUUCCUUUUUGGGAGUAAGCCAAAAAAACCUUCUAUAUUUGCCUGUGUUAGCCCUGCUGCACUUCAGAAACAACACAGUGAAUUGAGAUUUGGGCAUUCUAAUAAGAUGGCUUAGAUUUUUCUCUUUCUAACAGUAAUUGUUCCUCCAGAUUAUAUUCUCUGAACUUCUACAAGAGCGGGCAGUGCAAGGUGGACUUACUCAUUAUUGGAAAUUGUAUCCUGUUUCAUGUAUAGGAAAAUGCUCAGAUAUAAACUAUUUUUGGUUAGUUUGAGUUGUUUUUCUGGUUCGAUCGGAGCCUGUCACUUAACCGUUUGUUUGUUUGGUGUCGUUUUUUAUUUUUCAUUUUUCAUUCGUUCGGUAGAGUAAAUCGAGACAGCGAUUAUUUGAGGUAAAAAUGUAUACUUGGUUUGGAGCUUUGUAAUUUGAAAUUUUGUUCAAUUGUUUUAUUCAAUGUAGCUAAUAACAGUUGUCUUUUGAUUUGUUUCAAA